AUGGCGCACUGGAAGUAUGACUUCACUGGCAGGACGACUCCGGCGAUGAUACGACAAACGCCGAAUGGAAGAAUUGACGUCUCAUUCUGCAUCGAUGAGCAGAUCUCCGAAGCAGAGAACACCUGCCCUGCUCAGCGACACGUUGUAGCGUUUGCUCAUCGGGUCGGCACGAAUAACACUUACAUGCUCAAAAUCCGCUACGAUUUGAAUCCGGAUUAUUUCGAGAUUGACGACAAGAAGGAGUGGAGAGAAGCUUGCGACUACCAUUACCUGGUUGAACUGGACGUGGUUAGAGCCGCAUGUGAUGCUGGCCAUGGCCCAAGCUUGAUAGAUUGGGGCACAACCAAGCAGGGGCCCGAUAUGCCCUAUCCAAACGGUCUCAUGGACGCAUUUAUAUCACGAUGCGCCCUCCUGGAGAGAUCCUAG